GUGUAGUAGCGCUACCUGGUGUUUUACGGUAGGAGGGAAGUUAGCACGCUCACGUUGCAUUUGACGUCUUGUUACAGAGCUUUUCCUGUUGAGACCUCCUCUUUAAGAUUUGGGCAGAUUUCGACCUGCAGACCUCAAAAUAAAGAGAUUCGCUCUGGAAUAAACCCCAAAAUUAAGGCAAAGCAACGGCGCAAAGUGCCCCCUAACUGACUGAGUCCUCUGUAUUAUGGCUAGUCGCACCACCAAGACAGUGUACGAAAUUUUCCAGAGCAUGGAGCACGGACCAGCCUCAACUUCUAAUACUGCCACUGCACAGGCCUGGCUGGAUCAUCAUUCCCGUUCACUGGGCUUCUUCAUCGAUGGGAAGUUUGUUCGGCCAGCAGAGCGACAGAGCCGCUCCCUGGCUGAUUCCAAAGGUGGUGUCGUGUGCAGCACAGCAUGUGCUGAGGCCGGUGAUGUUUCCCAGUGCGCCUCCUCUGCCGCCAACAGCUUCAAGUCCUGGAGCAGCCUGACCUGCAACCAGAGAGCUAAAGUCCUGCUCAGGUUGGCGAGCGCCCUCGGGCUGCACGGCCAGUGUGUGUCGGAGCUGUGCGAGCUGUGUGAGGCCCCCUGCUCGCCAUCCUCGCUGGUCAGGCUGCUGCAGUUCUACAGCAGCUGGGCUCAGCUCAGAGACACGCUCAUCUGCGACUGGACACCUCUUGGUGUUGUGGCCAUCGUCACCUCUGAUGACUGCUCCCUCUAUUCCCUCAUGCUCAAAGUCCUACCAGCAUUGGCCAUGGGUAACUCUGUGAUUGUGGUCCCUGGUCGGAGCUGCGCCCCUCCAGCACUCCUUUUGGCACAGCUGUUUACAGGAGCGGGACUUCCUGCUGGGGCUUUCAAUGUUUUAACAGGAAGUGAUGUGACGCUGGGCGCCAAAGUAGCCCAGAACCCCAUCAUCAGCUACGUCACCUACAGUGGCAACAAGGAGGACGGCGUGACGCUGUGUAAAGCCUCAGCAGGGAUGGGGGCUCCCGUGUCCGUCUCCCCGUGCACAGGUGCUACGUGUCCCUUUAUAAUCUUUGAGUCAGCUGACAUCGACAGCACCGUGGACGAAGUUAUGGAGGCUGCUUUUAAGAAGAAGAAAGAGGUCUACUGGGUGCUGUGUGUUCAGGAGAGUGUGUCGGACAGUGUGGUGGCCCGUCUCAGGCUGCGUAUGGCCGGGAUGAAGUGUGUUGCUCUGCGAAGCGACGCAGACCGAGCACUGCUGGACGCUGCAGUACAGGAGGCUCAGCAGCAGGGGGCGACGUUGGUACAGUCCUGUGCUGCCCCCCCUUCUGGUGCUCAGUAUCCUCCCACUGUGCUCUGUGGGGCGGCCCCCUCCUCACCAUAUGUGGUCACCCCUCCUCCUGGACCACUGCUGCCCCUCCUGACUUUCAGAAGCAACACUGAAGCUGUGGCUCUGGGAAACCACAGUCCUCAUGGCCACGCAGCGUCCAUCUGGACCGAAGACCUCACCCUGGCUCUGGAGACAGCUAAGAGCCUAUCGGUUGGAUCAGUUUGUGUUAAUUCCAGCUUGGUGUGUGACCCUUGUCUUCCUGUGUCUGGUCACAAAGACAGCGGCAGCUGCACCGACGGAGGACGAGAGGGCUUGUACCAGUUUCUGCGCCCGUCCUGUUCAACCUCCCCUCUUCUUCGCUGCUCCCCCGUUUCCAUGGACUACUCGCAGUUUGGAACAGAAGCGUCUCCAGCUGUCAUUCCUGAUACUUCGGACCCCAGCAGUUCUCCUCUGUCCUACACACAGUUCGUUGGUGGUAAAGCGUGUAAAUCAGUGUCUGGCUGCAGUGUGGCUGUGCAGUCACCAGGGGGCAGCGGUGUGUUAGCUUUUUGUCCAGAUGGAGGCCGGAAAGACGUUCGCAACGCUGUGGAGGCUGCUAUCAAAGUCCAGCCAGGGUGGAUGAAGAAGAGUCCAUCUGCACGCGCUCAGUCAAUCUACUCUCUUGCCAAAGGCCUGGAGGCGAAGAGGCGGGACUUAGCUGUGUCAAUCAGCAGCCAGACGGGCAUCUCAGCGGACGAGGCAGACAGAGAGGUGGAGCUGAGCGUCACCAGGCUCAAUGUUUGGGCGGCUUACUGUGACAAAGUUCAAGGAGGAUCCCUGCCCAUGCCACAGUCUGGUUCUGCUCUCUCCUUCCCCGAAGCCCUGGGAGUUGUUGGGGUUGUUCUUCCUGACAAAAACCCCGUCCUCUCCAUGGUAACACUCCUUGGGGCCGCCAUCGCCACAGGCAACGCAGUUAUAAUGGUCCCCAGUCAGAAGCAUCCACUUCCUGCUUUGGCUUUCAUUCAGGUGCUCCAGUCCUCAGACCUGCCGGCUGGUCUGGUUAACAUCGUUACAGGAAGUCGAGACCAGCUGACAGUGGCUCUCGCCACUCACAGUGUCAUCAAAGCAAUCUGGUACUGGGGCAGUGCUGAGGGUUGUCAGUACCUUCAAUACACCUGCACCAGGCCUCUGAAAACCCUGCGACUCUUCAUCCAGGACGGCAAGGAUGGAGGGAUGGACUGGACUCAGUCUCAUCCUUCUCUUCUGGAAGACAUGUGGAGAAAUGCCGUCCAGUGGAAGAGUGUCUGGAUCCCCACAACAUAAUAAUACAGAGCCAACAAGAAUUAAAAGUCCUGGAAAACAUCCAUUUAAAAGGAGAGAUUAAUAAAUUAAUUCAGAAAGUAUUAUUGUUAGAAGCCGAUGGCAGCAGAUUCAUUAUUUCUGAUGGAGGUAGAAUCACUGGUGAUAUAAAAGAUGAUUGAUAAAAGUGGGAAACAUACAGCCUGGAGAUCGGUAUUUACUACACAUCCUUCAGCCGUGAUGAAGACUAUCAAAACUAGUAAAUCCUCACAUAUCAGAGUAACAAGUGCAAUACAAACACAAAACCUUAUCUGUGUCACAUACCAUGUAGUGGUAGAAAAAAAUCAGCAAAACACCUAACAAACACAUGGGAUGCCUUCUUCAUGACUAAACAAAUCCUCCCUGAGAUGUAACAAAAUGGUCUUUAAAUGCAUUUUUAUUAGUUGACACGCAGUCCACAAACUAUUUGUUACUUUGGUCAUUUUCACAGAAAAUAUUAAACAUAAAAAUCUAACACAGUUCCAGCCUUUACUUUCAAGAGUCUUUUUUAUUGUUUACCUAAAACUAUGAUAGUCAUCGUACAUCUAUUAAUAUAGACCGAAAAGUAAGUAUUUAUGUCUGAUACUCUAUUGAUCUUCUGUCAUUAACAUUGAUUAUUUUUUAUCUGCAGCUUUUAAGCCAACUGCCUUACACACUGAGAGUCUAGUGGGUUCCAUGUUGCCUACAUGUUUCAGUCAGAGGCCUGCUCCUUGUAAUUUGUGUAAACUUCACAGGUUGAAUGCUAUUUGUCUUUGUGUGCCAACAAACAUGCUUCCUGUGGGUGUUGUGGGCAGAGCAAACCCACGUAAACCCCAUUUAGGGUCCUUUGUUGGCAAGCCAAACUGGUCCACCCCAUACUUAGACCAAAGGAUAUGUUGUGGGACCAUAGUUGUCCCUAUCUGGGGUUCUUUUUGCUGUGAGCCCUAUUAAGGGUCGCUGUCACAAAAUGGGGCCACAUGUGGGGCCUUAAUUGGACACUCAGUACUCAGCCUAUUCAGUAUGUUGUGUUCCCCACUUGCCCACUUUCAGCCACGGUGGGCUUUGCACCUGAUGUCCCAUGUGUGUCCCAACUCGGGCUUCAGUGGAGCAUAUUUGCUGGGAUUUGGCUAAAUUAUAACUUUCUGGAACACCAAGCAGAUGCUGUACAAAGAAUUAUGGGUCUGAAUUAAGAAUUGAGCCCACAUCUUUGAUUUAUCAACAUUAGUUUAAUGCCAAAUCAUCCAAACUUAAAUUUACUGUUCUGUGUUUAUCUUUAUUACUGUACAUCAACACUGUAAGGGGUAGCUUAAAUGGUCACUUACUAUGCAGUUCAAACAUUCCCUGUAAAAUCUGCAAGUCUCUGUUCCUGUUAUUAAAAUUGUAAUUUGAACCUACAUUUUUUUCAGAGAGGUGCCGAGUUUCUUUGUCUAAAAGCCAUUAAUAAAAGAUGCUGAUUUAA